GGCUCAUCCCCUGGCUCCGGGGCACAGGGCUGCCACUUAGUGACAGGGCAGGCUGAGACAGCACGGGGAAACUCAUGGUCAGCUGUGGCCUGAGCCUGGCUCCACAGUGGAACAGAUUAAAUGUGCAUGUUUGUCCCCUUUGCUUCCUGCCCUUCAGGCCCCCUGGUUUCCUUUCUAGUCAACAGUUUCUUCCAAAUGACCCAGCUUUCAGAAAUGGCCCUUUGUGUCCCUCGAUUCACCAUCUUUAGAGGCACGAGGACCGGAGUCAGAGGGAAGGAAACGGAGUCCCUCUUUUCCCAGCCCUACCAAGUGGCAGAGCUGUUCGGGAAAGCAGCAGCUGCGAUACAAGAGAAAAUUAGAAGGCGUGUGGAAAAAGGGGGCAGUCUUUUCAAGGCAGCGAGCCGAGAAUUUGAAAGUGAUGAGUCUGAAAGCGAGACAGACCUCCCAGAAGAAAUUCCUGGUGAAGACAAGGAGAUGAUGUCUCCUGAAAAAGCAGGCCCUAGCCAGAAAAUGGAUCUGAAUGACUCUGACUCGCCUCCAGCAGCUGCUGCUGCUGCUCGGGACUCCCCUACCCCUGAAACUCAGCCUCAGUGGGAGGAAAGCCCUGCGAGCUCUGGCCCUGCUCCCACCCAGGUGGCAGAUGCAGUUAAAGCAAUAAAGUACUGCAUGGAAGAGCUCAGCAUGGACCUGUUGACUGUCACACAAGCUUUUUUGAAAAACAGUGGGGAAGUGGAAGCCACCGUGUGCUUUUUGAAGACCAGCCAGCGCUUGGAUGGGCAUCCCAUAUGGAGCAGAGAAGAUGAUUUAGAGUUGCAAAAAGAUGAUGAAAAUGUCAGAAGCAAGCUAAUAGCAAAGUUUGGAGCUGAGAACGUAGGUAAACGGAUUGCAUUCAGGAGGACUUAGAUGACAAGUUGUGGACGUGAUUCGAGGAGUCGGGGUUGUUCCAGGAGAGGAGGGAAAAGAUUUACCUGAGAUUCACAGAAGGAAGAGACUUAAAGAUCUGUAGGAGCAGCCUUUGGCAGCUGCAGAGAAUAAUUGCCUACAAUUUCAUGCUAUGUAGGAAAAAGUCUUGCAUUGUUCAAAAGGAAAAGGUCUAUUUGUAAAACUUAUCUUUCUGAUCCUUUUUAUGGGCUUCCACUUGUAUACAAGGCUUAGUUUUGCAUUAGGUUUGUGAUGAGAGUACAGUGAUGGGUAAGGCUGAAAAAUAAACUGGAGAGAUCCUC